UUGCAAAGGGGCAGAACAUUUCCGUAUGUUUUCCAACAUGGCGGCCAGGACUCGGCAGCUGGUUGCAGCUCUGCUCUUCAUCUUCGGAGGUGUUUUAAGUUUCCCUCUCAGUCAGGACACUCAGCACACUGCUACCUGCGGAUAUGAGUCAUGUCACGCUACCAAGUCCAACAUGCUGAACGUCCACCUCGUCCCUCACACACACGAUGACGUCGGCUGGCUCAAGACUGUGGACCAGUACUUCUAUGGAGACCGUAACGACAUCCAGCAUGCGGGCGUGCAGUACAUCCUGGACUCGGUGGUGGACCAGCUGUUGAAGAAUCCAGACAGGAGGUUUAUCUACGUGGAGACGGCUUUCUUCUACCGCUGGUGGAAACGGCAGAGCUCCAGCAUGCAGCAGACUGUCAAACAGCUGGUUAACGAAGGCCGUCUUGAGUUUGUGAAUGGCGGCUGGUGCAUGAGUGAUGAGGCCACUACGCACUACAGCGCCGUUAUCGACCAGAUGACCAUGGGUCUGAGGUUCCUCAAUGAGACUUUUGGGGUUUGCGGUCGCCCCCGAGUCGCCUGGCACAUCGACCCUUUCGGUCACGCCCGGGAACACGCCUCCAUGUUUGCACAGAUGGGAUACGACGGCUUCUUCUUCGGUCGUCUUGACUACCAGGACCGCACUCGCAGGAUGAUCGAUAAGGAGCAGGAGCUUCUGUGGAGAGCGUCCGACAGCCUCACGCCACCGAUGGCCGACCUCUUUACCGGGAUCCUUCCUAAUGGGUACAACCCCCCCCCGGGCUUCUGCUGGGACCAGUCCUGUGACGACCCGCCGAUCAGAGACGACCCCGACCUCGAGGAUUAUAAUGUGGAUGAUGUGGUUAUGCGCUUCAUCGAAAUCGCCAAAAAUCAGGCUUUGGUGUAUAAGACCAAUCACAUCAUCAUGACCAUGGGCUCAGACUUCCAGUAUGAGAACGCCAACCUGUGGUACAAGAACCUGGACAAGCUCAUCCACUACGUUAACGCCCUGCAGACAAACGGCAGCAAGAUCAACGUACUCUACUCUACGCCUUCCUGUUACCUCCAGGAGCUGCACAGAGCAAACCUUACAUGGGCUUUGAAGACGGAUGAUUUCUUCCCGUACGCAGACGAUUCUCAUGAUUUCUGGACCGGCUACUUCACCAGCCGACCGGCGCUGAAACGAUACGAAAGGAUCAGCAACAGCAAUCUGCAGACGUGUAACCAGCUGGAGGUACUCGGUGGUCCGGCCUCCACGAAGGGACCCUUUGGGGAAGGCGACAGCGACACCAUGAAGAAAGCCAUGGCGGUGGCUCAGCACCACGACGCAGUGUCAGGCACCGAGAAGCAACAUGUUGCCAACGACUACGCCAGGAGGCUUGCUAAAGGCUGGCAGCACUGUCAGAUUUUGGUCAGUAACAGUCUGGCUGCUCUGAGCGGCUCAACUGCGGAGCGAAUCUACUGUGACAACCUCAACAUUAGUGUGUGUCCUCUCACUGAGUCCAGCAAAAAGUUCUCAGUCAAUGUGUACAACCCUCUCGUUCGGCCCGUCACUUGGCCGGUGAGGCUUCCAGUCAACGGAUCAGCAUAUGCGGUGUCUGAUGCUAACGGGAAGUCUGUGGACUGCAAGGUGGUUCCAGUGUCCAGCGUCACUCAGGAUGUGAGGAAGAACCGAGGCUCCGCUGUGAACGAGCUGGUGUUCCAGGUGCAGGCUCCUCCUCUGGGCUACAGCACCUACUCUGUCUCCCUGCUUCAGAGCGGGCCUCCACCCGCCUCCACGCAGCCCCGCACACCCACAGCCAUCCAGAACAAGUACCUACAAGUGACCUUUGACCCCGACACCGGCCUGUUGAGCAGCCUCAGCAACCUGGAGACCAAACAGACCGUGAAGCUGACGCAGAAUUUCUAUUGGUAUAACGCCAGUGACGGGAACAAUUCACAUAGCAACCAGCCUUCAGGCGCCUACAUCUUCAGACCGAACUCCUCCACGCCUUUUAUCAUCAGCAAGACGGCCAAGACUGAGACGGUUCAGACCUCGGUGGUGCAGGAGGUGAGGCAGUGGUUUUCUCCCUGGGCCUCUCAGGUGGUUCGUCUCUACGCUGACAGCAGAGCUCUGGAGCUGGAGUGGACGAUCGGGCCGAUUCCCAUCGAUGACGAUCUGGGGAAAGAAGUGAUCACUCGUUUAGACACCAGCAUCAAGACUUCAGAAAUCUUCUACACAGACUCGAACGGCCGAGAGGUGCUGCAGAGAAAGAAAGACUUCAGGCCCACUUGGCACCUGAAGCAGUCGGAGCCCAUCGCUGGAAACUACUACCCCAUCAACUCUCGUGCUUUCAUCAAGGAUGACGAGGACCAACUCACUGUGGUGACAGAUCGCUCUCAAGGAGGAGGCAGCAUCAAUAACGGCUCUCUGGAGAUCAUGCUGCACCGCCGGCUGCUGUACGAUGACGUCCGUGGCGUUGCCGAGCCCCUCAAUGAGACCUCUCACAUCUUCCCCAAGGGGCUGGUGGUCCGCGGCCGCCUCCUGCUCUCCCUGGAACGCCCGCCCGCCGCAGCCGACGCACACCGCCCCCUGGCUCAGGAGGUGGUACUGCAGCCGCUGUUGACGUUCACUAAUGGAGAGCUGCACCCGAACACUAAACUAGAGUUCUCGGGGCUUCAGGCUGCGCUGCCCCCUGCUGUCCACCUGCUGACACUGAGCCAGUGGGACAAAGACUUGGUGCUGCUGAGACUGGAGCACCAGUUUCAGAGCUGGGAGAGUAAAGUGAACUCGCAGCCCGUCACCGUCAACCUGCAGAAGCUGUUUUCCACUCUGGAGGUGCUGGGAGCCUCUGAGCUGAACCUGUCGGCCAAUCAGUGGAAAGACGACAUGACACGUUUUGAUUGGACGGCGCAGACAGGUGCUGAGUCGCUGCCGAAGAACUCCGAAGCCCCCUCCGCCGCUGCCGCCUGGGAGGUCACCUUGAAGCCGAUGGAGAUCCGAACCUUCCUGCUCCGAGUCCGAGUCAGCCUCAGAUAGCCAAUCAAUCCUCACAAAUUCAAUUCUUACCAAAAAAAAAGAAAAAAAGAGGUUCAAUCAAUUUAAGCCCUCCUCCUCGGCGGCCUCUCGCUUGUUGUUUUGAUUCAAACAGGCAGGAACUGUUUCUUACACCGGUCGGAAAAUGUGCAGACGCUCGGAGAAAAGAAGAAAGGAGAAAAAAAAAAGGAUGAAUAAGGCUUUCUGUGUUUUAGAAAAGGAGAACAUUGAGGACACUAUAGAGUGAAAUGAAUUGUUUGUACUUGGGUUAAAAAAAAAAGAAAAAAAAAACAUCUCCGGGUUUCUUUUGUUUACGUUUAAAUGGAGACGAAUGAAAAGUUUAAACUCCAACAGAUGUUUUUUUUUUUUUUUUAAGAAACUCAGAGAAAGAAAAAAAAAAGGUUAUUUGGCAUUUUAGUGACACUGAAUGUAUGAAAUCUUUUAAGAUGUACUGUAUCCUCUUCCUCCUUUUCUUCCUCCUCUCCCUCUUCUUCAUCCUCCUUUUCUUCCUCCUCCUCCUCUCCCUCCUCCUUUUCUUCCUCC